AUGAAGAGUUUUCUUCUAGUUGUGAAUGUCCUGGCAUUAACCCUGCCUUUUUUGGCUGCAGAGGUUCAAAACCAGAAACAACCAGCAUGCCAUGAGAACGGUGAAAGACGGUUCUAUCAGAAAACAGCUCCAUAUGUCCCAAUGUAUUAUGUGCCAAAUAGCUAUCCUUAUUAUGGAACCAAUUUGUACCAACAUAGACCAGCUAUAGCAAUUAAUAAUCCAUAUGUGCCUCGCACAUAUUAUGCAAACCCAGCUGUAGUUAGGCCACAUGCCCAAAUUCCUCAGCGGCAAUACCUACCAAAUAGCCACUUACCCACUGUGGUACGUCGCCCAAACCUACAUCCAUCAUUUAUUGCCAUCCCCCCAAAGAAAAUUCAGGAUAAAAUAAUCAUCCCUACCAUCAAUACCAUCACUACUGUUGAACCUACACCAGCUCCUACCAUUGAACCAACAGUGGACAAUGUAGUCACUCCAGAAGAUUUUUCAGAGUCCAUCAUCACGAGCACCCCUGAGACAACCACAGUCUCAGUUACUACACCUACGGCAUGAAAACACCAAGGAAAUACCAAAGAAGACAA